AUGAGAAUUCGAGGAAAAUCAUCUGCAAGUUCUGUUUCUUUUUCAUCGUUAUGUUCUUCGCCUGCUGCAUCUUCUUCCCCGCCUUAUUCUGGCUCAUCAAUCACCAUAAAUUCUUCAGUUUCAUCGCAAGAUUCGUCAAGUUCAUGUCCAUUCCCAUCAACUUCGAUGGCUACUAGACGCUGCCACGGCCUCGAUCUACUAGUGAAGGCGAUUCAUCAAGUGACUGCUGGGUCUGUUGUGGGAUACCCGUACAUUCAACGACGCGUGAUGAUCAGAAGAAGAAGAAGAGAAUUGAAGUUCGAUGGGUUUACAAUUGCUGAAUUCUUGAAGGAAGAACGUGAACAGAAUGAGAAAAAGAAAUUGAAUAAAAAGGGAAAAUCAGUGACGAAGAGGCACAAGAGAAUGACGGUACCAUGA